AUGAAUAUAUAUAUUUUUUUUAACUCUCUUUCAUCUACUGCGGAUUCAGAAAAGGAUUUCGCUAUCCCCCCUGUUGACGAUCAUCCAUCACAUGAUGAUCCAUUGAUUGAUAAUCUACCUCCUCUUCCAUUAGCUAUUUGGGCUUCUAAACACGAGGCUGAUCCUAAUCUCAUCUUAGAUUUAUGUACCCCUUCUACACGACGCACCAAUUGUUUACGCCCUUCACGGCGUACUUAUAAAUUUCUUUGUAAACGCGUAUCCUCUAUGAUUUCCCCUGCAUCUUUUAAACGUGCACAGAAAAUUAAGACUAAAUUGUCUUUUACGCGUCUGGUUUUAUCUCCUUCUACAAUACGUUUAUUGGUUCCACCUUUAUCACGUCCUUCCGAACCUAUAAGUCCCUUUCAAAAUACAUUCCUAGACUCCUCUCUUAUUACUCCCCAAAUUUCAGUUUCAGAAGAUACUGCUGAUUAUGACAUUAACGUCCCUUCUCCAGUCCUUUCUUUGAAUUGUACACCUGCGGAACCUUUACCGGCAACUUCUACUUCAGCCCAUCUUCUUCAUGAUAAUAACCGUAUUCCCUCCCGUGCUCGACGUAAAUAUUUUAAUAGGUUACGCCAGCUUUUAUUAACACAAUGUGUUACCUCUCUUGCUCGUUGGUCAUCUUCUCAUCGUAAUAAUAGACGUACUCGUACCUUUAUUCAAUUUCGAUAUCGUCAAUCUUGCUUUUACCUUGGCCUUUAUUUUGGUUGCCCGUUUUGCAAGACUCCUGCUGCCUAUGUUAUGUCUCAAUUUCGUCAUGCUUGUCAUAUUCAUGACAAAAAACUUGUUCAUACACCUCCCCCUCCUCCUUCUCCUCCUUUUGCUUUACCUUGUAACCGUGUGUCUAAAAGACACGCUGAUGGUUUUUAUAAAGAUGUAACUUCCCGAUGCCUAGGACUUUUCUACCGCAAAUCCUAUGCUUUUCAUCAUGUUCUUGAGGACGACAGUGGUUCACUUUCUGCUCGAACUCUUAUCUCAUAUUCUGCUCACAAAUCUAUCUCCCACCCUACGAAGAAACAACUUGCUCGUCAAGUACGCCAUAAAGACCUUCUAUCAGACUGGAGCAAAUUUUCACGACAUGUUGUUCACUCCGAUCUUCUUGACUCUUCUAUGUGGAUGGCCACUAAGGAUCCUGCUAUAGUCAUUCCUCCUACCUCCUAUAAUUUGACUAUGUCUACUACUGAUUACUCAAUUGUCCAGAAUAUACGUAAUCUUGUAUCCUCACGUCCUGACGUUUCCUUCUGUUUAAAAGAACAUUCACAUCAAUCUUCUGUUGCGUUCGUGUCUUCUAAGUUUACGGGUUCUAUCCAAAAAGUGGUUUUGAAUCCCUCUUCUGUAGUUGCAAGUCAUUUUAUCACUGACAAACCCACCUCUGGUCCUUUUGUUGGUCUGAACUGCCUUGCUAUUGAUUAUCAAGAUUUCAAAACUCUUGGCUUUAGUCGUUCCAUUAUUGAUAUGCACAACACUUCCUCGGUAUCGAAGAAGUAUCUUCGAGAUGCCAUCCAAUCUAUUAUCACCAAAUCGGCUUCAUCUUCGACAUUUUCACAUCUUUGGAAUAGUGAUACCCGGUUUUCUUUCAAACUAGGUCGUGUUAAACCUUGUGAUAUCUUAAUGUUAUUGGAUGUUUGUGCACCUUGGUUUGAUUCACAUCCUUACCCUGCUCCUUCUGAUUUCCGAACAUCGUGGGAAUUACCCGCUGAUUUUGUUCAUCCUCUUGCUAGUGAAUCGGCUGCUUCCAAAUUACGUGGCCCAUCUAUAAAUUCUUCUCCUAUUGUUUCUUCUCCACAUACAAAUAACUCUUCUUUGGCGACAGUUUCUCAGGAUUCCUGGAUUUCUUGGAUAUCCUCUUCUAUAAUUCGGGGUGGAUCAUGGAUCUCGCACUUGGAUUUUCUGCGCCGCUUAACAGUUCAACCUCUUAGGAUUUCUUUCUGGUAA